AUGUCGGAGAAGCCCAGGCUCACCUAUAUCAAUGGAAGAGGGCGAAUGGAGUCCAUCCGAUGGCUGCUAGCUGCAGCUGGAGUGGAGUUUGAAGAAAUUUUUCUGCAAACAAGAGAGCAGUUACUGAAGUUAGGCCAAGAUGGAUCCCUGAUGUUCCAUCAAUUGCCGCUGGUUGAGAUCGACGGGAUGAAGUUGGUGCAGUGUAGAGCCAUCCUCAGCUACAUAGCAGGGAAAUACAAUCUCUAUGGGAAAGACUUGAAGGAGAGAGCCCUGAUUGACAUGUAUGUGGAAGGAAUAUCAGAUCUGAUGCAAUUGAUUUUGAUGUUUCCUUUCUCUCCACCUGAGGCAAAGGAGAAAAAUAUUGCCACAAUUGCAGAGAAGGCAACAGAGAGGUACUUCCCUGUCUUUGAAAAGGUCUUGAAACAGCAUGGCCAAGACUUUCUUGUGGGAAACCGAUUCAGCUGGGCAGAUGUUCAGCUCAUGGAAGCCAUUUUAGCAGUGGAGGAGAAAGUACCUUCUGUGCUUUCUGGGUUUCCUCAGCUGCAGG